CAGCAUUCUCAUCACAGCAAACACUUCUUCAUCAUUACAACUCUUGAUCGGAAUUCAAAAACAUCCCACCGGAAAAAUCAUCGGGAAAAAUGGAGAAGCCAGUGGUUUACGAUAACGGACUUAAUCUUGAGGCGACCGAGCUAAGACUAGGGUUACCGGGGACCAAUGAGCAUGAGAAACAAUCAUCUACUAGUGUUAGGAGCAAAAAGAGAGCAUCGCCGGAGAUGGCCGAGGAGACUAGGUCUAAGAGCAGCUCUUGUAUAUCCGAUGCCGACGACGACGCCCCUCCACCAAAAGCACAAGUGGUGGGGUGGCCGCCGGUCCGAUCAUACCGGAAAAACAGCUUCCAACAGAGGAAAGGGGAAGCCGAGGGGGCCGGAAUGUACGUGAAAGUGAGCAUGGAUGGAGCUCCUUACCUCAGAAAGAUCGAUCUCAAGGUUUACAAGAGCUACCCGGAGCUCCUCAACGCCUUGGAGAAUAUGUUCAAGUUCAGAAUAGGCGAGUACUCAGAGAGGGAAGGCUACAAUGGAUCUGACUAUACCCCUGCUUAUGAAGAUAAAGAUGGUGACUGGAUGCUGGUUGGAGAUGUUCCAUGGGAGAUGUUCAUCUCAUCCUGUAAGAGGCUAAGAAUCAUGAAGGGAUCGGAAUGAAACCCAAAAAUUAGAAUUACUUACCGAUGGGGAGGCUCUGAUGAUCAGAUCAGAUAAUCUUUUGGCUUGGGCUCUUGGUUUUCACCUACACAGCACAAGAUAGAUCUAUAUAUGUCAAAUGUUGACAAUGUUUUCUUGCUGUUGAGUUUUGUAACAAUUCAUCAAACCAAACCGAUACUACAUUAGAUAUUAGUGUACAAAACGAAAAUAAGCUUUACCCUUCACAAUUUUCCCGAUAUUUGCUGUUUUUUUGGCUCUGUAUUAUCAAAAGAAUAUAGAAAAGAGGAAAGGACAACAUUUUGUGUAAGCUAUA